AAUUGAUUUGUUUUGUUUAUGGUCUCAAAAUAAUAAAACCUUUUCUUCGAAAGUAAUUGAAAAAAAUACAAAAUAUAAUUGAUCACACAAAUACCUACAGGAUGGAAAACUGUUUUAAUUGGUGAAGUUAUUCAACAUUCUGAGAUUUUUGAGGAACAUCAAUAAUUUACCAAGUGUGUUCAGCUAUGGAAUCCCCACUUGCAAAGUUAGAUUUUGAGAAAAUCUGCAGAAUAUGUAUGAACGAGGGCACCAUGAUGUCAAUUUUCAAAGUCAAUGUAUCAAAGAAAAUGAUGGCCUGUGCGGCAGUUCAAGUAUGGCCAAAUGAUGGCUUACCUGCACAGAUUUGUAACAGAUGUUCAGCCAAGCUCCAUAUUGCUUUUCAGUUCAAAAAACAAUGUGAAAAGUCUGAUGGAAAGCUACGUCAAAUGAAAUUUAAUAGACCACUUGAUGUCCCACAAGAACAAGUACAGUUGCAAGAAGAAAUCCAAUCAAACCAAGUAGAACCACAGCAAGUCAUCACACAAGAACUGUCUCAAACAGUACCUCAAAAUAACUGUAUUUACAUUGGAUGUAACCCUGGGGCUGAGCCAAUUCAGGGCACAUUCAUUUCUACAACUCAGACUCAACCUCAAUCCUUGGGACAAAUGGGUUAUCAACCUGAGAAUAAUGUGCAAUUAAGUGCUUAUAGUUUGAAUGAUGUUGGUCAACCACAGGUGUAUACUAGCAUCAGUGGGACAUUUGAUAUACCUUUACAGCCUGUUACAGGGAUUUUGCAUAAUCAAAUGGCACAUCAAAUUCAAUUGCAAACCCAACAUGUUACCUCUCUACAACCCCCACCAUUACAACCUAGACCAAUAGUGCAAACAGAGGACAAUGAUGACAAAAGCCCCACUGAAGGCUCUGAGAAACAGUGCCCCACCUGUAAGAAAGUAUUUGGAAAUGCUAACAAACUUUCCAGGCACAGGAAGACCCAUUCACCUGAUAUGCCUUACAAGUGCAAGGUUUGUGCCAAGGCUUUCUCUCACAGUGGUAAUUUUAAAAUUCAUAUGAGAAUGCAUACUGGGGAGAGACCUUUUAGGUGCAUGGUGUGUGGAAAAGGUUGCAGACAAGCACAAGACUUAGAGAAGCAUAUUCGAACUCAUACAGGUGAAAGACCUCACAAAUGCGCGACUUGUCCAAAAGCCUUUUCUACCCGAUCAAAUCUUAUCGCCCAUAUCAGAACUCAUACGGGCGAGAGACCAUAUGUAUGUUGUGUCUGUCAAAAAGGCUUCUGUCAGUCCAACGAACUCACGAAGCACAUGCGGACACACACGGGAGAAAAGUCGCACAUAUGUGAUAUUUGUAACAAAGGUUUCAACGGAUCCAGCACCCUGAUUGUCCACCGGCGGUCGCACACCGGCGAACGGCCCUACGCCUGCGCGGUCUGCGAACGUGGCUUCGCGCAAUCCAGCUGCCUGACGGUGCACAUGCGUCGGCAUGGCGACCACCAGAAGCACCUCUGCCAGCUGUGCUGCAAGCGUUUUCCCACCAGCGAGAAGCUGAGCGAACACGCUAGGAUCGCGCAUGCCGACGAGGAACCGGCUGAGAAGGCGGAGAAGACUUAGCGGUUGCGUAGUGGCCGUUGGGGGCUUGGAUCAGAUGAUUUGCGGAGAUGAGACUGUCGUUGAUGAUACGGCGCUGAUAAGCAAAACCCCCUAGUCAGACAAGCUAGUCUAGCUAGGGUCCCUUAGGGUCCCUUGAUGGAAAAUGACGUUAAAGUCAUUUUAACAGGUUACGGACAGAUUCUCGUCUCUCACUCUAAAGUCCUUAUUCAAUUCUGGGGAUAAACACUAGAUUUUUGACAUUUGUUGUUUUUUAGGUUAUAUUGAGGUCAUUGGCGUAUUAUACGGAAUUUCCAUAUGGAAUUCCUGAUUCAACUAUACCAAGAUAUAGAUGAACAAUACUCUAGUUUUAGAGUUUACUACUCCAUAAUCUUUGCGAGGUAGGGAACAUAUAAAUUGUACUGAAAGCUUUAUAUACAUCACCAAAAAAUACUGUUCUUAGACUGUAUACCAGGGUUAAUUGAAUAUAUUGGCUGAUUGAAUUCUGAUUUCAAGCUGAGCAGCAGUUUAUUUAAGAGCUGAAUGAGCUGAGCCUUAUGAUUGAGAAAUGGUGAAAACCUCGAUGUGGGUAUCUAAACUACUGUACUCAUAUCAUGUGUGUUUCUUAAAUUUUAUAAUCAUUAUUGUUCAUCUAUAUCUAUAUCUAUAUCUUGGUAUAGUUGAAACAGGAAUUCCAUAUGAAAAUUACGUAUGAUACACCAAUGAACUCAAUAUAACCUAAAAAUCAACAAAUGUCAAAAAUCUAGUGUUUUUCCCCAGAAUUGAACAAGGAUGGAAGUAUAUAUAUAACUGUUCCACAAACACUAGAGUGAGAAGAGACGAGGAUCUGAACGUACCCUGUUAAAAUGACAAAUACGUCAGUUUGCAUCAUAGACAAUCUUGCAUCAAGGGACCCUAGUUGUAGGUAUCUACCAGAAUUUUUAUAAAUUAUAGUAAAUUGAUAAACAGGGAAGGGUUUUGCUUAGCAGGCCAGAAUAUUGAAUCAAAUAAAGAUAUUUGUGUGUACAAUUA